AGCUGCUGUACAGAGUCACCAGUAGACGAUAGCGAUGGCCAAGUGGACGUUCUCGCUGCUGGCGCUGUGCCUGACGGCGCUUGUGCUGGCCGUACAGGCGGGCAAGGGCCCCAAGAUCACCAACCAGGUCUACUUCGACGUGAGCAUCGACGGCGCGCCCGCGGGCCGCAUCGUCAUGGGCCUCUACGGCAAGACGGUGCCCAAGACGGUGGAGAACUUCCGCGCGCUGUGCACGGGCGAGAAGGGCGAGGGCAAGAGCGGCAAGCCCCUGCACUACAAGGACAGCAUCUUCCACCGCAUCAUCCCCAACUUCAUGGUGCAGGGCGGCGACUUCACGCACUUCAACGGCAUGGGCGGCGAGAGCAUCUACGGCGAGAAGUUCCCGGACGAGAACUUCAAGCUCAAGCACGCCGGCAAGGGCACGCUCAGCAUGGCCAACUCGGGCGCCAACACGAACGGCAGCCAGUUCUUCAUCUGCACGGUCAAGACCUCGUGGCUGGACGGUCGCCACGUCGUGUUCGGCCGCGUCAUCAAUGGCAUGGACGUGCUGGACGCCAUCGAGGCCGUGGGCUCCCCCAGCGGCACCCCCAGCAAGAAAGUCGUGAUCACGGACAGCGGCGAGCUGGCCGCCGACGACUUCGUGCAGGAGGAGUAAGUAGACCGUUCGUUCGUUGAUUGGUACAGACUCGCAUCGCCGGAUACUUGCUUAACACAUGAGGUGGAAUCCUCAACGUUCGAGCUGUCCUGUUAUUGAAUUCUUCGCAAUGACUUACAACUGAGAGAUAAAGCGAACAAUGGCAAACUUUCAACUGC